UUAACAAAGAGGGACACAGACCUCUCGAACGAACUCAGUCGUGUCUUUGUAUCGGUAUCGGUAACAAGACCCUUCUGGGGCCUCCGAAAAAUUAAUUUCAUUCGAUCAUAUUUUUUCAUUGCAAAAAUGGAUAAUCACUCUUCAUCUAUUAUUCUAAAACCAGAGUAAUCCGGAAUAAAUGUUUGCACGAGCAACAUUUGUCGAAUGGAUGACUAAAUAUUAUUUUAUUCAGUUGUGAAUCAUCGUGACUGGAAAAAUCAAUAGACUUCUGUGCAAUUUACCACUGACAAUCUGUCACACGUACGCGGUAAUUAAUAUCCAGUGUGCAAUUAAUCUCGGAUUGGCUUAUCGAUCCCUCGUCAUCGUUAAUUUCACGUGAGAAGAGCGUUAGAGUGAUUCUGAUACUCUCGACAUGGAACUGCUCGUCCCAACGGUCUCGGACAUUGUCUUCAAGUACUCAUGGCCCAUCAAGAAUUACAAGAAAACAGUUGCCAAGAAGACUUCCAUUGACAGUCCCACCUUCGAUCUUAAUGUCAAUGGGAUACGGAGUUCGUGGAGUCUGUCGAUUAGGUUCUGGAAGGGCCCAGAAGGGAAGAGGAUCACAAAUCCAGUGGUUUUGUGCUUAAACAUGCUCAGCUGCUCCAUUGAGGAGGUCGAGCAGGCUAAAAUACGAUUUCAAUUCGCUGUUUUUAACGCUAAUGUCAAUCACUGGGAGUACUGUCAAGUCAGCAGAACAAUUCUUGAACUCAAAACAACGUCUGACAUUAUUUCACUGGGGUACAGGGACCUCUCGAUUGUUGAUCGGCAUUAUAAGAGGAAUGGGGAGGUCUCGGUCAUGGUGAAAAUACAGAUUAUUCAGUGUGAAAUUGAGAAGAACAGUCUGGCACAGGACAUGGCAAGAUUAUUGAAGCACCCCAAGUCCGCAGAUACGAAGUUGACCUGCGGUGGUGGCACAGCCCACACUGAAAUUCCAGUGCACGCAAGCGUCAUUGCGGCGAGGAGUGACGUAUUAGCUGAUAUGAUUGCACCAGUGGUACAAAAUGACAAUCAGCCGAGCUCUCAUCAAGGCCAGAGAGAUGCCGAGAAGAAUGAGACGAAUAUGCCCUAUCAGUACACCCUGGACUUGACAGAUCUCUCGCAUGAGUUGACUGAGGAGUUGUUGAGAUACGUUUACAGCGAUCACGUGGAUAAUUUAGAUACUCUCGCGAGUCAACUGCUGUCUGUGGCUGAGAGAUUUCGUCUGAAGGGUUUGAAGGAACUCUGUGAGAGAAAUCUCAUCGAAACCCUGACCCCGGAAAACGUCGCGUCACUUCUCCUCAUGGCUGACGAGUUCAAUUGUGAUGCCCUGAAACGAGCGGGACUGGCUUAUUGCGAGGAGAAUGCCAUGAACAUCAACAAGAGCUUCGCCUGGAAGAUCAUGGAGCAGGUGAACCCUGAGUUGUUUCACGAGGCCUGCGAGGCUGGCAUUGGGGGGUCGCAGUCCAGCAACAUGGACGACAGCGAAUUGAGCAAUUGAUGGGGCUAUUCCCAUGUUUAAAUUUGUAUUAUUUAUUUUAUCGUUAAUAAAAUUGAUGGAAGUGACGAAAACGGUG